AUGACAAUUAAUAUCGUGCUAGUGAAUCAAUCACGAAAUAUCAACUACAACGAUUCUUCGAAAGAUUCUCAGUCAAGCAUGUACAGUGCGUCGACUGCUGUUUUUAUAGUCGAGUUUGCGAAGCUUACUUUAAAUAUCGUGCUUUUAUUUUUAUGUGAAAAAAGCUGGAACAAAAGCUGGAAAAUCAUCAAAGUUGAGUUUGUUCAAAACUGGCUGGAAACUAUCAAGUGUUCAAUUCCGGCUCUUCUUUACGUGGUCCAAAAUAACCUUUCGUACAUCGCUUUAACCUAUCUUGACCCCGGUACCUUUGAGGUCACCUUGCAAAUAAAACUUCUGACAACUGCAAUUGUGAUGCGAUUACUGAUGGGGAAAAUUCUUAAAGUUUCUCAAUGGGUUCCAAUAUCGUUGAUAGGAUGUUUCACUCAAGAUUCUUCAGAAAUUCAGCAAUUGGGAUUUUUCCAUGGAUAUGAUUCUCGUGUUUGGCUUAUAGUUUUCAUAUCCUCUGUUGGAGGUUUGGCCACUUCUGUCACGCUCAAAUAUCUGGAUAAUAUCUAUAAAAACUUCUCCAGCUCAUUUGCCAUAAUUUUGGCGUCGCUCAGUUCGAUUUACCUAUCCGGGAAACAGUAUGGGUGCUUUUUCUUCUUCGGAAGUGCGUUGGGGGUGCCGGACAUAAAGCCGACGGCACUUCAGGCCGAAGCGUAA